AUGGAGCACGUGAAGAGGAGUCAGAAGUCGAACCCUUACAAUACGCAACCAGUCCGAAUAAUCAAUGCAAUUCACGGUCGGCCUGAGCCUACUGAGGAGUCAGACGAACUACUUCGAACACGCCUUCGCCAUGCACAGAUGAAGAGAAUGGUGGGCAGUGUAAACACUCUACACCAACAGAGCUCAUCAACACAGAUAAAGUUUGACAAAACAGAUCUAUUGCGUGUUCAGAUCCCUCAUGAGGACCCGUUGGUCGUUAGUUUGACAGUAGCCGAAUGUUUGGUACGUAGAGUUCUGAUUGAUCCUGAAAGUAGUGCGAACGUCAUGCCGAGGGAUACCGGCUCGAAAUCAAGCCGGACCGGCUUAAAUUUACCGGGAAUCCUCUACUAG